AAGCCCUGCUUACACACGAGUAGAGUCAGCAAAAAUAACUCUUGCACAGCUUAUAGACAAAUUCUGUGUAUGGAGAGAAAGAGGUGGCGGUUCUCUACAAUCACUUCGGCCCAGUUGUAUUUCCUGAUGUCACAGACACUAUUGCUUUGGAUGAUGUAACAGAUGAAUGGACAACAUUAAGAACACUUGUUUAUAAGAAGUAUCCACACCUGAAGGAGUGUUAAAGUGGGAACAUAUAAUCUGUGACUUAUCAGACCAAAAUCUUCAAAACAUCUUUAAAUUGAUGGAAGUUGUACUGGCUCUUCCACCUACAUCAGUCAAGUGUGAAACAGCAUUCUCCGCCAUGAAACUUCUUAAAACAAAACGAAGAGGUCGACUUGGUAACAGACGGCUUAAUGACCUCAUGGCUAUCAAGAUUAUGUCACCAAGCAUAGAAGAGUUUGAUCCUGAACCAGCUAUUGCUGACUGGCUGAUGUCUACACCAUCUGGACAAAAGAGACGAAUUGGGGAGAGAACUGUUAAGACCAGCACAUCAAGUACAGUCACUAUAUCAUCUGAUUCUGAGGAUGAAGUAAUGGAAGAAGCAUCAGUUAGUGGAAUACAGACAACUUUGAACAUACCUGCUAGGUUGUCUAAGAAGGAUCUUGAGUGUUGUGACGAUAGUGACUCAGAUAGCGACGAUGAGGACACAGACAUGACAGAAGAUCUUGUUUUUUCCAUGUUAAACACAUACUUACGUGAAUAAAUGAGACAAAGAGUUACAUUUUUGAUUUUCUGUUGUUUAAUGGUCCAUAAAACAUGCAAAUUGCUAUUUCUAUGCAAAAAGUACUAUAUUGUUUCGGGCUAGUUAAAUUUGGUUUGGGCUAGUUAAAAUUGUAAGCUGCUAGCCCGAUUGGGCUAGUGCUGAAAAAAAAUUAAGGCGAAGACUGG